AUGGCCAACCGCCUGCCUCCUCUGAACGAUGUGGCGCCAUCUCCGGCGAUGGAGUCUUCAUCCAUGAGCCAGGACCCCGACGACGUCAAGUUAGAGGACUCUCCCACUUCGACCGGCCUGGCCUCUGCAGAUGCAGAAACACCGGCGUCCGAUAAUGGCGGGCCUGCGGGGCGGAAACGCAAGUUGAACAGCACGUCGGCUCGAGGUGUCGCCAACCUUACCCCGGAGCAAUUGGCAAAGAAGCGUGCCAACGAUCGCCAGGCUCAACGAGCCAUUCGUGAGCGAACAAAGACUCACAUAGAUUCCCUCGAGCAGCGUGUGCGCGAUCUUUCCUCCCAGAAACCGUAUCUCGACCUCCAGGCGGCCUUGAAGCAGAAUGAAGCUAUUCAAGCGGAAAAUGCGGAGAUAAAGCAGGGGUUGAAGUCGAUUCUGGACAUCAUUCAACCAUUGUUUGGGAGACAGGAUACUUCAAAUCCUCCCCCUUGCUCGACUCCGUCCGGUGGCACAAAGUCGAUUCCUCCCCUUUCUACGACUGUGCCUUUCUUGGAAUUCAACCAUCCCGGUGCUAGUAACCCCAGGCCAACGGAGCAGCAAUACUCCGAAUCCAUUGCCAGCGUUGAAACCCCAUCCUCCACCCAUUCGGCGCCCACGUUCGGCGGAGUUCGGCGGGAUAGCGCGACCGGAUCUUCUACUUCGUUUCGCAUUGCCUUCGACUACCAACGGCAUAAUCUGGCCCAUGGAUUGGAUUUCGGAAGCGAUGAGCGAAUGGGCUUCAACUUCCUUCUAGAUGCGUCGCAGGCUCCCAAAUUGGAGGGCUUCCGCCGUGCCUCGGACAACCUCCGCGUGCCUGCUGUUUAUUCGCCCCCGCAUAAUAAUGGGCCCAUGGGGGAGCAGUCGCUCCCGGCGCACCUGACCCCGAUCCGAAACAUCGCUCCGACUUGUACGUUGGAUGCCAUCUUGUUGGAUUUUCUUUACCAUCGUCAACGGCAGGCGGCACAGGGGGUCCCCAAGCAGAAGCUGGUUGGGCCGCCUUAUCCCAGCGUCUCGUCGCUGCUCAAUCCGGAAAAGAGCGUUUACUCCCAUCCGCUGUCGAAGGUUCUCACUGACAUUCUACGCACGUUCCCGGAUAUCUCAUCCUUGCCGGAACAGGUGGCCGUUUUGUAUCUCAUGUUCAUCCUCAUGCGAUGGCAGAUCUACCCGACCCCGGAGAACUACGACCGCGUGCCGGAGUGGCUGACCCCUCGUCCGUCGCAGUUGUUGACUCCGCAUCCUGCUUGGAUUGACUACCUGCCCUGGCCGCGGAUGCGCGACCGCGUAGUGAUGUCAUAUCGAGAUUACCCAUUUGAGAAUUGGUUUAUCCCAUUCACACGCACGCUGUCUGUCAAUUGGCCAUACGAAGCGACCGAUUGUCUUCUGUCGACGGGAGAUGGUGACGAAUUAAUCAUCAACCCUGUCUUCGAAAGGCAUUUCCGGAAUCUCAACAACUGGACUUUGGGGCCGGCUUUUGCCGAAGCCUAUCCGUCUCUAGUUGAAACCACCAAGAUCAGGACCACGCCCUGA